CGGCGCUUGAUGUGCGUUUUCGCAACGGCAUUUCUCCACUCAUUGGUACGCGUUACGGAUCUAUUGUGUUUGGUUUGCUCGGGCUUUUCAUCGGGACGCCGUUUCGUUGACAUGGCAUUUACGACGAGUCACUAUUAAUUAUUUAUGUUGGACUAUCCUACUGCUCCUUUCAACUUCCCCACAAUGUUAACUACAACUCCUGCUGUUGGUCCAACUACUCUUGUUGCGAUUAAUGGUAUGCUGCCUACAACGCCAGGUGGAACUCCGCUAACACCGAACCCGGGUACGUUUUUUGCAAUGCCUUCGGCUUUGGGCUCCCCGAAUUUUAUCACAAACCAUAACUUGCCGAGUGGACCUUUUAUUUUUCCGUCAACGUUCCCCCCCGUUCCGUCCAAUUUGCCGUGCACCGCUACUCCGUUCUCCUCACCACAGUUUCAAGGUCCUGUACUACCUUUUCUAUCAACUACACCUACUGCCAUGCUGACUACAAACUCGCCCAUCUCACUGACACCUCAAUUUACCAGCCCACUGCCGCAUUUACUACAACAACAGGUCCCUGGCACUCCUCUGACCGGGUAUCCUUCAAGUCUGUCAGCCACCUCGGUCGUCACUCCGCUCAGCGCGCAACCUUCACUUUUCACAGAUCCAAGUUCGGUGGGGACGAACACGGUCUCAUCUGCCAUGUUACCAGGUUCUUUGCCUCCGAAUUCCGUAGUAUUCUCGUCAAUUCCCUUAUCAUUCAGUAGUUCGUCAGCCAGCAGUACAAGUGAUGUACUGGUGUUCCCGAUGACAGCACCCGCAUCGACAACUGGUACUACCAACCUUACUGCAGUAAGUCCUCUGCCUUUUUCAAGUACCUAUUUGACGUCCACAGUCUCCACAAUAUCAGCCACCUUACCCUCGUCAACUACCGCGAGUAAUACACCUAUUUGCACAGAAACACAAGUUUGUCCUAGCACAGUGUCUACCAGCAUUGCUCCCAAUUUGCAAAGCUCCUUCAAAAUUGACAAGACACAACCUAUGGCCCCUGGAGGCAGUGCAGUUCGACCCAGCAACAACUUGCUGCAACUGGAAUCGAUGGACUUUCAUCGCGACGAAAUACUGGAUGCUAUCGAUAAACUGCGCGAGAGGAAAGCCCGACCGGACUUUGAACGGAUUUCCUGUAUGCUGAAAAGAUACCGAAACAUCAAUCCGGAUCAGACUCAGGUAUGCCUGGGCCGCCUAGCUGCGGCUGGUGCAGUGGUGUGCGUUGACUACAAAGGAAACUUAAGUUACCGAAAUCCAUCUAAAUGGCGCAAGACUGCUACUUGUUCGGGAAUCACCAACCUUCCUAGUGUUAGCGCAAAGCUAGUGGAUGCAGUCCGUCGUCUUAUGGCUGGAACAGUUUAUCAAGCGAAUGUAUGCAGUAGUGACCAGGCGUUCUCCCCGUUAGUGCCCACCGUGGCGGGACCAAAUGGAGGAUAUAGUUUGUUCCAAAUUGAGCGAGCUCUCCAAGUGGCUGAAGUAAACAACACCGACUCCAGCAAUUCUCAGAAUUCUCGGAGACUUUCUUUGCUGACCGGCGCAACUCUACGUGUUUGUUUGGACCGCGAAGCUACACAUGGGAAAUUAGCCAAGACUCCCGACGGACGUUAUGUCUUGGAUGAAUCGGGGGAACGCAAACGACUGUCAAGCAUUUCUGUAACAGCAGCGCCGCACUUACUCAACAAGAAGCCUCUUCCGCCUAGUGGAUCAACAUUUGUAUCACCUACUGGUAGUAAUGUUAAGUAUAAUAAACCGCCAACUACGAUGGCUCAUAUUGCACCAGCCGGAGAUCCCAUAACUCGCCCUAUUGUGGCGAAACAAUCCCCGGCUUCUGUAUCAAUCGCCUCUCUUGGUGGCGGCUCGCUCAACCCAUUGUUGGGCCUUUCCGCUCGGUCUUCCGGGUCAAAUCGUCGUGGGCGACCACCCGGUUCGAAAUCCAGGAAAUACUCGCUGCAGGCGGAUGGGUCUGCACCCAUGGAAAAGAAAAUCAAAAUUGAGGCACCACCAACUUCCACAACUCCACCAACACCGGAUACUUCAAGCCCGAUUGGUGUCAGUUCCAUCGUGCCGCCAACCUCUGUUCAGACGCUCACAGUCGCCAACAUACUGACGCCCAAACCAAACUCCGCACCACCGGUUAUUUCCGUCAAUCAGAAUGGUUUCUGUCCCGUCCCAACUUCCCUGAACCUACAUCAGUCUUUCGUUGCCGAUAUGACACAAUCCCACAUAUGCUCCACCGUUUUGCCGAGCCCACUCUUGCCCACAUCCUUCCCAGGAAAUCAGUUCCUUGCAUAUUCUGCCUGUCCUUCAGUGCCAGCAUCCUGUUCAGGACCGGUCCCACAAACCUUUAUACCCACAUUGCCUUCAGGCCUAUCCUGUGACUUUUCAACACUACCCAAACCUAGCAGCUCUGCUAACUCACCGGCCAUCACUCUGUUAUCAGAUUUAGGAUCGGGUAACUUGUACUACGGCACAGACGAGAAGUCACAGAAUGAUGGUUUAUGCUGUCACUGUGGAGCACCCUCAACCAAGGAAGAAUCAAACCCUCAACAACUAAUAUACACGCUCAUUCACGUCGUCAGUCGCGUACUUGGAUUACGAACUGGUCAACAACUUCGCUAUGGUCUUAGUGGGCAACUGCACUUUGUCGUACUUCCGACCUCUGCUAUCCCAGACAAUCACUCGGCGACGACCAUGGAUAACUUUGGUAAAGAGUAUACUGGCCCAAUUAGACUGGUCGAUGCGGAUAUAUUCCACUUGGAUUAUGAGUGGCUAUUACGUUGUUCUCAGGUGCGACUGCUCUAUGUGCCACAUAUGGGUCCACCCAUGCUAGAUACAGGUGAAAGCCCGGAAUUCAGUGUCCAGGAAUUUGGCCAAUCGGAAGUCUCAUCAACUCGUCCGCAAAUUGUACCUCGUAACCUGAGCGAUCUACUGACUGGUCAGUCCGUGAGGUCACGGCUGACUAGAACAAAAAAGGCGUCAACAAAUUUCGGCUACCUGUUUGGCCAUUUUCCCGCCAAUAAUCAUGCAUGCUGUUUGACUUGUUUGCAUGCAUUCUACUUGUCGAAGAGACCCAAGUGGUCCAGUUCACGUGGACACAAAGAUGACGCCUAUUUCUUGACUUGGCAUUCCAACACGACUGAGCCGUUUUGGUUUCAUCAUCGUCCGAUGAAGCAUUCUCAUCUGUUAUCCACUUUACGUCCCAAUGAAACCCAUCCAACUUGCCUCGAUUAUUGGCCCGAAUUGACGGAACGCGCACGUCAGUCACCUUGGCAAUGCACGGACUGCAAAACGUGUACUGUAUGCCAGAACAAACAAAUCACGACCGAUUUACUUGUCUGUGAUGCCUGCGACAAGGGCUUCCAUAUUGAGUGCCAUGUCCCCAAGUUAGAAGAACCAGUAGACCGCAGUUUACCUUGGGUUUGCGCAGAAUGCCAAAAGGAGGGAUAUUCUGUUGCGAUUGGAACACUACCCGGUGAGUCUGAUUCCAAGUACGAAGACUGUACCAACUUUGGCACCGAAGAAGGAGGGAGCCUGCAUCACAAUGAGGACGAGGCCCGAUGCAGUCAAGAUGAAAAUGAGGCCAAUGACGAAUCUCAGCUAUCAGAAACAGGGACUCUUCGUUCAUCUAAAGUUGAGGACUUGAGAGAGGAUCAAGAGCUAGCGUUAAAGGGUGAAGCACGCUCCCUGGAUAGAGACGCUGAGGUAAUCUCCCCAGGCACUUCCCCGACACCUACCCCGAACUACCUUUCCGAGUCCAACCGUUUAGCUACUCCAGAUUCCACCGUUCAGAGUGUCUCCCCAGCCCCCGAGGCUCCAGCGAUGAGACAACAUACCCCACAAGAAAGAUGCUCGUCGAGCGAUGGACAACGCAGUACACCUCGUCAACGACGUGGUUCUUCUUCUUCUGAACAAAGCAGGACUCCGGAUACGGGUAAUUGCUCGCGUUUAGACCACAAUGUCAAACAUUUGGAACAGCUUACACACACGAAUACCGAUGAAUCAUCCACCGUUCGAGAUCAAACUACGAUAGAUGCAUACGACACUGGAGACACGGGGCGUGAAUUCUCGCAAGAUACCGCCCACUACCGUCCCCCUGACGUCCGAGCCUGGUCUGUAGAGCAUGUACGCGAAUGGCUAUUAGAGGAGGGCUUUCCGCGCGAAGCCGAAGCCUUCUUCCAGCAAGAAAUUGACGGCGCUUGUCUGCUGCUCAUGAAGCGCAUGGAUGUACUCACUGAACUGGGAAUCAAGUUAGGUCCUGCUGUGAAAAUUUACGAGCGCAUCAAACGGUUACAGUCCGGAUGCACCUCACCUACUCUCCUCAGUGCAUAGCGUGCUGAAACUAUUGGCAUCCUGUAAUACCAUCCGGUUUAUUGUUUUCUAUCCUUUUUCUCACUACCGCUCAAUUGCCAAAACAUGACCACAACAACGCUAUUCCUGCCUUCCCUAGGUUUUUUCCAAACCUAAUAACUGCACGACCUGGAAUUUAGUUGCAUCAAUUUGAUUAUUCACUGUGCCUCGGGAUUACUAGCACGUACACGUAUGUAUACACACACAUUUGCACAUUCCCAGUGGAACUACGAGUAUCUGCCCAACGGUCAUAGCGCUGUUUAAUUUAGGUGAAAAAGAGUUAAUCCAAAUAUAUACGAUAACAACUUCCACGAACUCUAAAUAAGUACAGUCAAUACAUACUUGUAAUUCUUCACUGUUUUUCUUCUGUGAGGCCAACUUUUCAAUUUUUACCUCGUUAUUCGAUAUUCACCA